AAGCAGCUCCAUGGGAGCACCCGUGCCAGAAAGCAAGAGGGCGCCUUCCGGCUUCCUGCCCCCCUCCCAAUCCCUAAUGAGAACCUGACUUUUGGACUUGUUAUUUUGUGUUUCUUUCCCCCAGCCAGGGAAGCAACUUCAGACGAGCGGCUGCUAGCCACAGGGGGUGCCAUGCAAAGAGAGGAGCGUGCGGAUGUCAAGAUGGAGAAGCUGGAUCCGGAUGGACCACUAAAAGGAGCAAGGGACCCUAGCGCUGCCCCAGUAGGAACCAGCAGGGAGCUCCCAAAUGGGGUGGCUCCAAAGGAAAUUAAGCAGGAACCUGAGGAGGGGCUGCAGCAGCGGUGGGACUCCCAAUGGCAGGAGUUCCUGAAGACGGUGGAGUUCCCUCACUCAGGAUGGCGGAGCCCACUGAUGCCUCCGCCGCAGUCGUGGGAGGAUACAAAGUCUUUUCAGGAUUCCUUCAGGGAUGUGAGACGUGCCAGCCAGCAGCCUAGAGGAGAGCUUGAGACUAAGACCCCGUCAGGCCUCCACAAAGCACCCCGGAAGGCCUGGGGAAGCCCAGAUCCCCCUGUGACAGUGAAAGAAGAGAGGCUGAAGGAGGAGAAUGUUGGCCUGGAGGUGAACUGCCGGCGGUUCAGGCGCUUCUGCUACUGGGAGGCCAAAGGGCCCCAGGAUGUUUGCCAGCAACUCCAGGGACUCUGUUGUCAGUGGCUGGAACCAGAGAGACGGACCAAAGAAGAGAUCCUAGACUUGCUGGUCUUGGAGCAGUUCCUGAGCAUCUUGCCAGAGGAAAUGCAGAGCUGGGUGCGGGAAGGAGGGCCUGAGAGCUGCCUUCAGGCAGUGACCCUGGCUGAGGCGUUCUUGCGGAGGCUGGAGGAGGCAGAGAGACAAGGGAGGCAGGAGCUGGAGCCUUUUGAGGAGGUGGUUGUUCAUUCCCCUAAGGAAGAACAGGAUCUGUCGGAUGGUGAGGAGAUGCAGCUAUCUGGGGAGGCAAAGCACGAGGGCGAGGCAAGUGCCAGCUUGUUUGUAUGCGAUAGGCAGAUGAUUGAGAAUGAGGCAGAGAAUCUUCCUCCCAAGGAAUCUGAGCAUGUGGAAGACAGCAUGAAGCUGACAGAAUGGGCAGGAGGGAAACUUCAUCAGGAUUUUGCUUUUGUCCGAGACAGUGAGAAGGAAGGACAGAACCAUCCACCGGAGGGAGCCAGACCAGCGGAAGGCUGUGAACUCUCUUUGGAAAAGCCCCAGAGGACCCUCUUCCAUGUUCCUUUAGGGGAUGGAGCACCGGGAAGACAUCGGGGGUCAAAACAACCCCCAGAGAAUUCUCUAGGGAAGAUGCUGCAGAGGGAUUUUGACUGCAGGGAGGAAGAUGGCGGAAGCUUAAAUGAGCGCUCUUCCAGAGUGAAACUCCCCGAGCACGCGGCUGAGGGCAGGAAAAGCUUCAGUCCGAGUCCGGACCUUGGACUGCCUCCAAAGACUCAAUCCUACGAAUGCUCAUACUGUGGGAAAAGGUGGCCAUGCCAGUCUCAGCUGCGUAGGCAUGUGAAGAUCCAUACGGGGGAGAGGCCCCACAAGUGCACAGACUGCGGGAAAAGCUUCAGCACCAGCUCCAACCUCAGCCAACACAAAAGUGUACACACGGGUGAGAGGCCUUACAUUUGCAAAGACUGUGGAAAGAGUUACCGGCGCAGGGCCUCCUUGGUCCAGCACGAGAGGGAAACCUGUGGGAAGGGAAGUCAUUUGAACACUCCUGCGGUGGGCUAUGUUGUGUUGGGAAACUGCACUUUGUUGUGCGUGAAAAAACCAAUGGUGGGUGGGAGAAACCGUGUCAUUGCUCCAAAGGGGGGAGAUCUGUCCCUGGCCCCUCCUCCCCUAAAGGUCUUGACAGGGUACGCCCAGGAGAAAAGUAUGAGUGGCGGCGGGUACCAUUCGCAUCUUACAGCUUUGCGUAAUCCACAGGGGUUUAUCGAUCCCGUCGCCGUGCAGAAUCCGAUCGAGCUGUGCGUAAAACGGGCAGGUUCGGGGGGGCCCGCGGAAGCGCCAGGCGUUGUGUUUGAAAGCCCUCCGGUACUCCACCCGCAACGCCCCGAUUUUUGUCCAGCACUCCAGCGCCGAGCGCCUGUGGCCGCGGACGGCCAUUUGCUCCGCGAUCCUUUGGAAGCCGUCGACGACGAUCUUCCGACGGGAAGCGCCGAACGUUCCCAGAAGCUUCUCGUGCCAGAUCGAGAUCAAGUCCCCGGUCUCCCGGGGCGUCCAGGGCGCCCCAGCGCCUCCCGCUUGCAUGAUCGGAAAGGAAAAAGGAACUGGGCAGGCAGCGCGCGCCGGGAGCAUGAAGACAGCGCGGGAAUGAUCCUGGGAGCCUUUAGGAUUGGCUGCUUGUUUCCCGUCCUUGCUGAUUGGCCAAGAAAGAAAGACCUCUCUUCACUGAGAUCUUGUGGAAGCUUCCUUGGGAAAAAGUCCCUCACUGUGUUCUUUGUCAGUAAAGCACUCCAGCGCCGAGUGAUUGUGGCCCCGGAUGGCCAUUUGCUCCGCGACCCAGUGGAAGCCGGAUUUUUCCAGCAGCGUCUCCAACCAGACCGAGACGAAGGCCCUGGUCUCCCUUUCCGUCCAGGGCAUCUCCGCUGCGGCAGCCUCAGGAUCGGCUUCCGACUGCAUGGUCGAAAAAGGGACCGGCACGCGGCAGGCGCCCAGAAUCUUGAGAGCGCGGGCGUUCUGGUGCGCUCCGUCGAACAGAACGAGCCUGGGAGCGGCUAUGAUUGGGCGCUUGUUUCCCAAGGAGAAGUGGAUGUGCUGAAAGAAACAGAGGGGAAGUCUCAAGAGGAACAGCUGUGGAUUCAGGCACCAGGGCUGCAGGAGGGGAUGUCUGCUGACUUCUCCCCAUUAGACCUGAAACCUCCAGAGAGCCUGAAGAUGGAGUUCCCUGUGCAGAUCAAGCAGGAAGAUGACAGAGAAGCCAAUUUCUUAGGUUCCAGUGCUACUGGAAGUGAUUUCCCCAUAUUAGACCUGAAACCUCCAGAGAGCUUGAAGGUGGAGUUCCCUGUGGAGAUCAAACAGGAGGCUGAUGGAGAGGCCAGUUUCAUAGGUGAUGGAAAAGCAAAUGAGGAGAGCCAUCUGCUGACUAAACCCAACGGGGUAUCAGUUGCUGCGGCAGAAGGAAUUGCGUUACGUGGAGCAGAACUUCGUGGAAUACAGAGAAGUCAGCAGAAGCUGGGAAGCUGCGCCGAUGUCCGUCCAGUCACCACGCAAUCUCUCUUGAGAAAUGAAAGUUCAACUGAAGCACCUUCCUGUGGGAGCAAAACCGGGGACUCUCAAAGUGGAGGAAAUGUCAGGCAAAGCUCCACCUUUCUGAAGAUCAAGCCAGCCCGCAAAAAAAAGAAAGCCUUCUUAUGCACAGAGUGCGGGAAAGGCUUUGUUUCAAAUUCGGCUCUUUCUGACCAUCAGACCACCCAUACAGGCGAGAAGCCGCAUCAGUGUGCAGUUUGUGGGAAAGGCUUUGGAUAUAAAGCCCUUCUUAUGAGACAUGAGAUAUCCCAUGUGGAUGAAAAGCCAUACAAAUGUUUAAAGUGUGGGAAAACUUUUGGCACAAGUACCAUCCUCUCAGACCAUGUAAGAAUCCAUACAGGAGAGAAGCCAUACACUUGCGUAGAGUGUGGGAGAGACUUUACCAAGAGAAGCCAUCUUGUAAGCCAUCAGCGGAUUCAUACGGGAGAGAAACUCUAUCCAUGCUCAGAGUGUGAGAAAAGUUUCAGUUGUAGAUCCAACCUUACAAUCCACGAGAGGACUCAUACCGGAGAGAGACCGUACAAGUGCACCGAGUGCGGGAAAAGCUUCAGUCAGAGAUCGCAUCUUAGCACUCACAGGAGAAUCCACACCGGAGAGAGGCCGCACACCUGCCUGGAGUGCGGGAAGAACUUCCGCGAAAAGAAUGAUCUUGUUCUACACAAGAGAAUGCAUUCAGGCGAGAAACCCUACCGUUGCCCAGAAUGUGGGAAAUGCUUCAGACAGAGCUCCCAGUUGUAUGUACAUGAAAGAAUCCACACUGAAGAGAAACCAUACCGAUGCUCAGAGUGCGGCAAACAUUUUCGCUCUGAAGGCAGCCUUAAGGUGCACAUGAGAAACCAUGCUGGCGACAGACCAUAUGCCUGUUCGCUUUGUGAUAAAACCUACAGCAAGUCAGCCCACCUUGCCAGGCACAUGGAUACCCAUGCGGAGGAGAAGCCACAUGAAUGCCAGGAUUGUGGGAAAAGGUUCACGCAAAAAAGUGACCUUUCUCAACACAAAAGAAUCCAUACAGGCGAGAAACCAUUUGAAUGCACAGAUUGUGGGAAGAGCUAUCGUUGGGAAGGCAGCUAUAGAAUACACAAAAGAAUACACACGGGAGAGAGACCGUACAAGUGUUCAGACUGUGAGAAAUGCUUUAUAUCCAACCGGGCGCUAAAAACGCAUAAAGAGAUGCACAAAAUGGAGCAGUCGUAUAAACCCUCCGAUUGUACAUGAAGAGGUGAUGAGGAAUCCCAGCGGCUGAGGCACCCGAAAACCGACGUAGCUGAGAAAUCCUACAAGUGUCUGGGCUCUGAAGAAAACUUUGAUGUUAAUCUACACUUUUAACUCAGUUGAAGAGUACACACUGGAGAGCAGCCAUAUCAAUGCUCAGUCUUUGGGAAAUGCUUCAAGCAGAGUUCAGUGUGCAGUGCGCAUAUGAGAAUCCAUUCAGGAGUGGAUUGAAAAUAAAAUCCUGAAAAAUUGUUCAAGGAUUACGGCGCAUUCCAGCUCUGUCUUUGUAUCUUGACACGUUUGGUAGUGUGUAUGUUGCAGAAGAGGCAGCAAGCCAUGGUUUCAUAAGAAUAUAAGAAGACCCUUGCUAGAGAUCAGAGCCGUGGUCCACCUAGUCUCACAUACUGUUUCACAAAGCAGCCAACCAGUUUCUCGGGAGGGCCAACAAAGGCAUAGAGGUUGAGGCCUCCUGUUGUUGUUUCCUGGCUCUGGGAUUCAGAGGUUGACUGAAUCAUUAUGUUUUAUAGCCCCCUAUCCUCCAGGAAUCUCUCUAAUCCCUUUUUAAACUAUCUGUGCCUGAGGCCCUCACUAUGUCCCCUGGCAAUUUUAAUCUACACUUUAAUUACUCGUGCAAUAAAGUAUUUCUCUUCGUUUGUCC